AUGACCGACCCCGGGGCUGUCAGUGCUGAAGGGGAAGCUCUUGUCUUUGGAGAAUAUCUAAAGAGUCUUUUCGAGACCACCGGACCAAACGUGAUGACCAAAGUCCGCCAGGAAGUUGAGGAACUAUCGAAGGCUAAGAAUCUCCACACUGAUUUUGAACUCCUUAGUCCCAGCAACAACGUCAAAGUUGAGUUGGUCGCCCAUUGCCGUGCUGUGGGCGCUAACUAUGUGGUUGUGGGACCUGGCAAAGAUUGUUCUGGACGUAUGGCUGAGUGGCUUUGCGGGAAUGUCCGGGGCGCUACGGUGAAGUGGUUCCAGAAGGACUUGGAGGAUUCUCCGCUCCGCUGA